AUGGUUAGGGACCCCAGUCACUUCUGGUUGUUUUCGACUGUGAAGAACGACCUGAAAGGAAUUGGGUUCGAGGCCAGCGAAAACCUCGUUUUGGCCCCUGACUCCGGCAGGUCCGAGUAUACCUUCCUGGUGCCCACAGACGAAACCUGUGGGUCAGUGAUAGAAGGUGAAGGAGACUCCAAGGUCAUCGCCAACACACUCAUUUUUCAAAUGGACCCGAUUUUUCAGGAAAUCUGGGAUGCCGCCAGAAAGAUCUCUUGCGUGUGGACGGGUGAACAAGAAAAACAGCUGAAAUUCCUGCCCAUUCAAGUCGGUAUGCUGGCAGUUGAGCACUUGAAAUUCAGCGGAGAUGAAAUCGACUGCUGGAUGGACAUUCAGCGAGGACAGUACCCAAAUACUUCACCUGUGAACGGGAUUGUGGAAAUUGGAGAGACAUUGAGUUUGAUCAUUUAUGUGAGAGACAGUGGAAGCAAUUUUGACCUCAGAGUCAAGGAUUGUUGGGCAUACAAUAAUGACCAAUACGAUGACCCAUCUACAACCAGGUUACAGCUCACAGAUUCUGAAGGAUGCCCACGGAAAACCAAGUUGAUCAAUUAUUGGAGGAGAACAUUUGAUACUGGAAACAGCGGUGCAUCUGUGAUUGCUUAUACCAACGUCAGUGCAUUCAAGUUCCCUGACAAAAGCGAUGUUUACAUGACGUGCAACAUUGAGAUUACACACAACAUCAUUCCUUCCAAAUCUGCUUCACAGGUUUGCAAAGGGCUGUGCGAGAGACGGUGCCCAGGAGAACCAUCCAUACCCAUUGGAGAACUCAUUACAGUUCCACCAACUGUGAGACCAAUAACCACAACAAGACAACCCACUACCUUGUUUGUGUGUGCACCUGGAUCAAACCAGGAUCUUUGGACCCCAGGUGUCCACCAGAAUGCUUUCCAGGAAACACUGAUCCAAGAUGUCCAAGACCUACCAGUGCAAGACCACCUACAACAACUCAAUUUGUAUGCAGACCAGGAAGCUUGGAUCCAAGAUGUCCUCCAGAUUGUUAUCCAGGAGCAACUGACCCAAGAUGUCCAAAGCCAACAACUACAAGACCUACUACAACAACUCAAUUCAUAUGCAGACCAGGAAGCUUGGAUCCAAGAUGUCCACCAAACUGCUUUCCAGGAUCAACAGACCCAAGAUGCCCAAGGCCAACAACUACAAGACCUCCAACAACAACUCAGUUUGUGUGCAGACCAGGAAGCUUGGAUCCAAGAUGUCCUCCAAACUGUUAUCCAGGAGCAACUGAUCCAAGAUGUCCAAAGCCAACCACUACAAGGCCUCCUACAACUACUGAGUUUGUGUGCAGACCAGGUAGUCUGGAUCCAAGAUGUCCUCCAGACUGUUAUCCAGGAGCAACGGACCCAAGAUGCCCAAGGCCUACAACCACUCGACCUCCCACAACAACUCAAUUUGUAUGCAGACCAGGAAGCUUGGAUCCAAGAUGUCCUCCAAAUUGUUAUCCAGGAGCAACUGAUCCAAGAUGUCCCAAGCCAACAACUACAAGGCCUCCUACUACUACUCAGUUUGUGUGCAGACCAGGAAGCUUGGAUCCAAGAUGUCCUCCAAAUUGUUAUCCAGGAGCACCUGAUCCAAGAUGUCCUAAACCAACCACCACAAGACCUCCUACCACAACUCAGUUUGUGUGCAGACCAGGUAGUCUGGAUCCAAGAUGUCCUCCAGACUGUUAUCCAGGAGCAACUGAUCCAAGAUGUCCAAAGCCAACAACUACUAGACCUCCCACAACACAGUUUGUGUGCAGGCCAGGUAGCUUGGAUCCAAGAUGUCCUCCCAACUGCUUUCCAGGAGCAACAGACCCAAGAUGUCCCAAGCCAACAACUACAAGACCUCCAACAACAACUCAGUUUGUGUGCAGACCAGGAAGCUUGGAUCCAAGAUGUCCUCCAAAUUGUUAUCCAGGAGCACCUGAUCCAAGAUGUCCUAAACCAACCACCACAAGACCUCCUACCACAACUCAGUUUGUGUGCAGACCAGGUAGUCUGGAUCCAAGAUGUCCUCCAGACUGUUAUCCAGGAGCAACUGAUCCAAGAUGUCCAAAGCCAACAACUACUAGACCUCCCACCACAACUCAGUUUGUGUGCAGACCAGGAAGCCUGGAUCCAAGAUGUCCUCCAAAUUGUUAUCCAGGAGCACCUGAUCCAAGAUGUCCUAAACCAACCACCACAAGACCUCCUACCACAACUCAGUUUGUGUGCAGACCAGGCAGUCUGGAUCCAAGAUGUCCUCCAGACUGUUAUCCAGGAGCAACUGAUCCAAGAUGUCCAAAGCCAACAACUACUAGACCUCCUACCACAACUCAGUUUGUGUGCAGACCAGGAAGCCUGGAUCCAAGAUGUCCUCCAAACUGUUAUCCAGGAGCAACUGAUCCAAGAUGUCCUAAGCCAACAACUACCAGACCUCCCACAACAACACAGUUUGUGUGCAGACCUGGUAGCUUGGAUCCAAGAUGUCCUCCCAACUGCUUUCCAGGAGCAACAGAUCCAAGAUGUCCUAAGCCAACAACUACUAGACCUCCUACCACAACUCAGUUUGUGUGCAGACCAGGAAGCCUGGAUCCAAGAUGUCCUCCAAACUGUUAUCCAGGAGCAACUGAUCCAAGAUGUCCUAAGCCAACAACUACUAGACCUCCCACAACAACACAGUUUGUGUGCAGACCAGGUAGCUUGGAUCCAAGAUGUCCUCCCAACUGCUUCCCAGGAGCAACUGAUCCAAGAUGUCCUAAGCCAACAACUACUAGACCUCCUACCACAACUCAGUUUGUGUGCAGACCAGGUAGCUUGGAUCCAAGAUGUCCUCCAAACUGUUAUCCAGGAGCAACUGACCCAAGAUGUCCAAAACCAACAACUACUAGACCUCCUACCACAACCCAGUUUGUGUGCAGACCAGGAGCAACUGAUCCAAGAUGUCCAAAACCAACAACUACUAGACCUCCUACCACAACCCAGUUUGUGUGCAGACCAGGUAGUCUGGAUUCAAGAUGUCCUCCAGACUGUUAUCCAGGAGCAACUGAUCCAAGAUGUCCAAAGCCAACAACUACUAGACCCCCUACCACAACUCAGUUUGUGUGCAGACCAGGUAGUCUGGAUCCAAGAUGUCCUCCCAACUGCUUUCCAGGAGCAACAGACCCAAGAUGUCCCAAGCCAACAACUACAAGACCUCCAACAACAACUCAGUUUGUGUGCAGACCAGGAAGCCUGGAUCCAAGAUGUCCUCCAGACUGUUAUCCAGGAGCAACUGAUCCAAGAUGUCCAAAGCCAACAACUACUAGACCUCCUACCACAACUCAGUUUGUAUGCAGACCAGGAAGCUUGGAUCCAAGAUGUCCUCCAAACUGUUAUCCAGGAGCAACUGAUCCAAGAUGUCCCAAGCCAACAACUACAAGGCCUCCUACAACAACUCAGUUUGUGUGCAGACCAGGUAGCUUGGAUCCAAGAUGUCCUCCCAACUGCUUCCCAGGAGCAACUGAUCCAAGAUGUCCCAAGCCAACAACUACAAGGCCUCCUACAACAACUCAGUUUGUGUGCAGACCAGGAAGCCUGGAUCCAAGAUGUCCUCCCAACUGCUUCCCAGGAGCAACUGAUCCAAGAUGUCCUAAGCCAACAACUACUAGACCUCCCACAACAACACAGUUUGUGUGCAGACCAGGUAGCUUGGAUCCAAGAUGUCCUCCAAAUUGUUAUCCAGGAGCAACUGACCCAAGAUGUCCUAAACCGACAACCACAAGACCUCCAACCACAACCCAGUUUGUAUGCAGACCAGGUAGCUUGGAUCCAAGAUGUCCUCCAGACUGUUAUCCAGGAGCAACUGAUCCAAGAUGUCCAAAGCCAACAACUACAAGGCCUCCUACAACUACUCAGUUUGUGUGCAGACCGGGAAGCUUGGAUCCAAGAUGUCCUCCAAACUGUUAUCCAGGAGCAACUGAUCCAAGAUGUCCUAAGCCAACCACAACUAGACCCCCCACAACUACUAUUUUUGUAUGCCGACCUAAUUCUUUGGAUCCAAGAUGUCCUCCGGACUGUUAUCCUGGUUCAAGGGACCCCAGAUGUCCUCAAACAACAACUGUAUCCACUACCACUCAAUUUGUGUGCAGACCAGGAAGCCUUGAUCCAAGAUGCCCACCUGAGUGUUAUCCAGGUGCAACUGACCCAAGAUGUCCUAAGCCAACAACCACUAGACCUUCCACAACCACUCAGUUUGUAUGCAGACCAGGUAGCCUUGAUCCAAGAUGUCCUCCAAAUUGUUAUCCAGGAGCAACUGAUCCAAGAUGUCCUAAACCAACAACCACAAGACCUCCUACCACAACCCAGUUUGUAUGCAGACCAGGUAGCUUGGAUCAAAGAUGUCCUCCAGACUGUUAUCCAGGAGCAACUGAUCCAAGAUGUCCAAGGCCUACAACUACAAGACCUCCUAUCACAACUCAGUUUGUGUGCAGACCAGGUAGCCUGGAUCCAAGAUGUCCUCCAGACUGUUAUCCAGGAGCAACUGACCCAAGAUGCCCAAAGCCUACAACUACAAGACCUCCUACCACAACUCAGUUUGUAUGCAGACCAGGCAGCCUGGAUCCAAGAUGUCCUCCAAACUGUUAUCCAGGAGCAACUGAUCCAAGAUGUCCUAAACCAACAACCACAAGACCUCCUACCACAACCCAGUUUGUUUGCAGACCAGGAAGUCUGGAUCCAAGAUGUCCUCCAGACUGUUAUCCAGGAGCAACUGACCCAAGAUGUCCUAAGCCAACAACUACAAGGCCUCCUACAACAACUCAAUUUGUGUGCAGACCAGGAAGCCUGGAUCCAAGGUGUCCUCCAGACUGUUAUCUGGGAGCAACUGAUCCAAGAUGUCCAAAGCCAACAACUACUAGACCUCCCACAACAACACAGUUUGUGUGCAGACCAGGUAGUUUGGAUCCAAGAUGUCCUCCCAACUGCUUUCCAGGAGCAACAGAUCCAAGAUGUCCAAAGCCAACAACUACUAGACCUCCUACCACAACUCAGUUUGUGUGCAGACCAGGUAGUCUGGAUCCAAGAUGUCCUCCAAAUUGUUAUCCAGGAGCAACUGAUCCAAGAUGUCCUAAACCAACAACCACAAGACCACCAACAACAACACAGUUUGUGUGCAGACCAGGAAGCCUUGAUCCAAGAUGUCCUCCUGAUUGCUAUCCAGGAAACACAGACCCUAGGUGCCCAAGGCCCACAACAACAAGGCCAACCACCACAACGCAGUUUGUGUGCAGACCAGGAAGCCUUGAUCCAAGGUGCCCUCCCAAUUGCUUCCCAGGAGCAAUUGAUCCAAGAUGUCCUAGACCAACAGCAACCCAAGCACCAAUCACAACCCAAUUUUUAUGCAGACAAGGAAGCCUUGAUCCAAGGUGCCCUCCUGAUUGUUCCCCAGGUUCAAUUGAUCCAAGAUGCCCAAGUACCACAGUGCGCCCUGAAGGAUUUGAUGAGUCUAGGGAUUGUGUACCAGGAUCAUCUGAUCCACGGGCUUUACGAAGCUGCUCCAAAACGUGUUGUUAGCAACAAUCCUGGCUCAUUUGUAAGGAGGGGCAAGCGUUCUGCUGACAUAAGUGGUGAUCAACAUUUGGGUAUAGAAGAAAUGACUUCAGAAGAAAUCAUUGAAAGUGAUUCCAGGCUGAUGUCUUCAAACUCUAGUGUUGCCUUGGCAGGCAUGGGGUUGAUGUCUGUUGUUCUGAUUGCUGCUCUUGCAUUCUUCAUUUCUGAUAGGUUGGUGUCGCGUAUUUUCCAAGGGCCAAAUGAUGCGAUUUUCCACGGCAACCUUUCCGCUGCACUUGUUCAGUGCAGGGAUUCCUGGCACGCACCGCGUGAAAAAUUCAAAGUCGCGCGUGAAUUAUGCACGGGACCGGCCCAUGCAUUUUGCAGGGACGUCGUCGAGCACGGGUUUGUCGCUAACGACCCAGACAACCAACAAGCUAUUCCUGCUGCCGAAUUCCCGCGACUGUAG